AUGCAGAUACAUAUGCAUGAUGCCAUAUGCAUCAUUAUUCACAACUCGGAAGGCAACGCGCUGCUGUUCCAGGUGCUGGUAACUGCGGCGGACCUUGCCUCCCAUGUGAACGCGACAUCGCUGUCAUCUGCGUGGAGCGCGAAUGCGACGGCGCUGAAACAGCGGUUCAACGAGGUGUUCUGGCUGCCGAGUGCCAGAUUGUACCGCGACAACGACACGACCACGCUCUGCCCCCAGGACGCGAACUCGAUGGCGGUGCUGUUCAACCUCACCGCUACGCCGGAGCAGGUGGCGUCCGUCAGCGAGGGCUUGUCGAAAAACUGGAGCGAUCUGGGGCCGGUCGCGCCCGAGCUUCCGGACACAAUCUCCCCGUUCAUCAGCGGUCUGGAGCUGCAAGCGCACUUCGCGUCGGGCAACGAUGCACGCGCGAUGGACCUGCUCCGGCGCGAGUGGGGCUACAUGCUGUACACGAACCUCAGCGUGCAGUCGACUCUGCUCGAAGGCUUCACUGCGAACGGAUCCCUCUCGUACCGAAGCUACCGCGGCUACAACUACGACCCCUCCUACACCAGCCACGCGCACGGCUGGAGCUCCGGGCCCACCUCCGCGCUGACGUACUACGUGCUCGGGCUCACCGUCACCUCGCCGCAAGGCCGCACUUGGUCCGUCGCACCGCACACCUCUGGGCUCAGCGCGGUCGAGGGCGGCUUCACGACGCCCCUUGGGUGGUUCGGGGUGAAGUGGGCGCUGAAGGACCGUUCGUUCGCGCUGAACAUCGAUGUGCCUGAGGGGACGACCGGGGCUGUGAAGUUGGCGUUCGCCGGCAAGGUCCUGGUGAACGGAAAGGCUGCCCAGGCGGAUGAGGGUGAUACGUUGUAG